AUGAGUGCUAGAUUAAUAGACACCAAAUACGACGGACUUACAACUUUUUCAACCUGGCUCUUUGGCGUAGGUCACGUUAUGAACGAUCUCUGUGCAGCCGUCUGAUUUAACUAUUUGCUCUAUUAUCUAGCUGAUGUACAAAGAGUAGACAGCGCAACCGCAGGAGCUGUCAUGCUCGCUGGACAACUGGCAGACGGCAUAUCCACCCCUUUAGUUGGACUAUACUCUGACCGCUUCGUGACAAAAAUCGGAAAAAGAAAGCCCUGGUAUAUUUUUGGCACAAUUUUGGUCCCAAUUUGCUUUUUCUGAGUCUUUGAAGAGUGCUUUCCCUGUACAAACCUUUCUGGAGCCGCAGAUUUAGCGGUUUCUAUGAUUUGAUACUGCGCUUGGGCUGCGUUUUUUAAUGUAGGCUGGGCUGCUAUACAAAUCUCCCAUUUAGCGCUAAUUCCUCAACUAAGUCCCUUAAAAGAGACCAAGGACAAGCUGAUUGGGAUUAGGACAGGGUUCACUUAUAUAGCAAAUAUCGCGGUACUGCUUAUUGCGUUGCUGCUUUUUAAGACAAUUUCAAGGCCAGUUUUACAAUUUACGGUGCUUACUUUAAUUGUGCUAAUAGGAGGCGGCAUUAUUAAUGUGAUGUUUAUUCUAUUUAUAAACGAGGUGGAAUUAUCAAGAAUAGCUGGGGCUAGCUACCUUCAGUUGGGCUCUUUGUUGAGCCAAAACGGAGCUCGAAAUCAGGAAGAGCAGGCUACUAAGUCUGAGGACGUUCAAACAAUUGAAGUAGAAGACUCUCCAGCUAUGGAGGAAAAAAAGAUGACGUGGAGAGACUGGCUUAAAGAUACACAAAUUUAUCCCGUUGGAUUGUGCUAUAUGAUGGCGAGGCUUGCAAAUAAUGUUUCAACUGCGAUGAUGCCGUUUUAUCUGACCGCAGUGCUGGGAAUGGGAGGGGUUCACACAAUAGAGCAAGCUUCUAAGAAAACUCCGUGGGAAUUGGCAUUAAUUCCUUUAUGUAUGUAUAUAGGAAGUGUUUCAAUGUCAUUUUACAUCAAAGCAAUCACAAAUUACGUCUCGAGAAAAAUCCAGUUUUUUAUUGGAACUGUUUGUGUGGUUAUUGGAUCUAUUCCUAUGCUGUUUUUAGAGCAUUCCGAACAAUAUGUAAUGGUUCCUUUAUCAAUUGUAUUAGGGAUUGGGUUCACUUUUGAACUAAAUAAUUCGCAAAGCUUUAUUGCUGCCUUUGUCGGAGCUCAAGGCACAACGGGCGCCUUUGUAUGGGGAAUUAUCAGCUUAUUUGAUAAGUUCUGCUCGUAAUAAGAUAUGGUGUCAAUCAAAUACUCUGCUCUUUCAAAAAGGAAUUCUCUCUUUGGCAAAUAUUGGUGAAUUUAUCUCAGCAAUGAUGCGUAGCUUGCUCAAGGGCUCGAAACCUUGGGCACUCAUCCCUUGUUCUAUAACGGAGGGGGAUUAAUUUUAUAUUAAAUUAUUUUUUCGAAUUUAUAAAAGUCCAAGUAAGCUGUUCAAAAAUUAAACAGAAUUAGCUAGAGAUUUUGUUAUAAUAAUUAUCACUUAUAUAUAUCAAAUUUUUAGUUUCAUAAAACAUUUUUUGCUUGCUCACAGAGGUGAGUUUUUAAGCAAAAAAUGGUGAUUUUUUUAACGGUUUUGCUCGUUAACAGAGGGGAGUUAGCAAUUCAAGUUUUAUGGAAAUGUGCCCAGCCCCAGGCGGCUGAGACUGGGAACUUUAGCAUUUCUGACGGAAAAAUUGGUUUUGCUGGAGAGCUGAUAUCCAAACGCCCAAAGCUAGGAGCCAUUCAUGUCAAGGCCAUGUGAUGGACGACGUGUGGUUAACGGGAAACCCCGAAAAGGCGGAGCCUGUUUAUGUGAAGUAGUAUUGGACCUUAAGUGAAGGCUAAAUAUAAUUAAUUAAGAUAAGUUCUCUUCAGGUAUUGCAUUAUUUUUAUUAACAAAUUUAGGAAGUCUUGACGAUAAAGAGUAUAUAAGAAUCACAGUUACAGGACUCCCAUUAGUUGCUUCAAUCGCAGGCACCCUUAUUCUUUUCUUUAUCAAACCGCAACAAGAGUUUUCUAAUUCCUCCAUGAGCGAACAAAAUUUUUCAUUUGUUUAAGGAAGGGUUAUUUUAUAUAUAUACUUUAUAAUAGUAUUUUUUUAAAAAAUUUCAAUUUAUAAAGUUGAAAGUAAAUGCUUAAUUAAAUUUGUCAAAUAUAUUUUUUAAAUGCAAGCUAUUAAAUUUCACAAAAUUAGCUUAAGAUUUCAUUAUAAUAAUUAUCCUUAUAUCAAAUAUUUUUUCAUAAAAUUUUUUGUCUCUCAUAGAGGAUAGGUUUUUUACCAAAAAAUAGGAAUUUUCCAAUGUUUUUGUUCACUCAUGACGGGGGAGUAAGGUAGACGCAGACAAGAAUAAGGAAUUAGAAUAA